GUCACUGGGGCAUCUAGUUCUGUGAGCUGAGCGGUCGUUUGACAGCAGGCGGAUUUUUUUAAGCGGUUGUUAAUGCGUGUCUGUAAUAUUUUAAAACUACACUUAUCUACAUAUGUGACUUACCAGCACAGCGUUUCCUAGGUGGAGAGCAGCCCGAAAACGAGGCUUGACCCGCGGCGGAGUGCGCAUGCGCAGAAAAUAGCGCGCUUAAUGUGGAUGUGUUCAGUAGGAGAGAGGGGAUUGGGGACAGGUGACUCUGGAUUUGGGGCAAGUUAUGCUUUUCAAUGGCACCAAUUUGAGAUUCCGCUGAUUCCAGACAUGUACCUGCAUUCAGAACAAGUUGCCCUGGUGGGCCAGGUGUUUGAAUCGUACGUCUUACAGCACCACCAGAAAGACCUAGUACAGAUACUUAUGGAAACUGAUGAAGAUGCCCAUUACCCUGUGGUUGUCAAUGCUAUGACUCUUUUUGAAACCAACAUGGAAGUUGGAGACUAUUUCAAUGCCUUUCCCAACGAGGUUUUACCAGUGUUUGAUAAUGCUCUGCGGAGAGCCGCCAUGAGCGUGAUGCUGUCCAACUCGCAAGACGGGCUGAUCAUGAAGCAGCUUCUGCAUGCAAGGAUAACAGGUUUGCCAGUGUGCCCAGAGUUAACAAGAGAGCACAUCCCACGCACCAGAGACGUUGGGCACUUUUUGUCGGUCACAGGAACUGUUAUCCGGACCAGUUUGGUGAAAGUCCUUGAGUAUGAGCAAGACUUUAUGUGCAACAAAUGCAAACACAUCACUACAGUCCGGGCUGACUUUGAACAGUACUACUCAUUCUCUCCUCCUGUUUCUUGUACCAAUGAAGAAUGGUGCAACUCCAGCAAGUUUUCCUGCCUGUCAGACCUGUCUUCUCCGGCCAGCUGCCGAGAUUACCAGGAGAUAAAGAUUCAGGAGCAGGUCCAGAGGCUCUCGGUGGGCUGUAUUCCCCGAUCGAUGAUUGUGGUUUUGGAAGAUGACCUUGUUGACAGUUGCAAAUCUGGUGAUGAUGUGACUGUGUAUGGUGUGGUGAUGCAGCGAUGGAAACCACUUUACGUGGAUGCACGUUGUGACCUUGAGCUUGUCCUGAAGGCCAACUACAUCUCUGUAAAUAAUGAGCAGCCUUGUGGUGUAGUCAUAAAUGAGGAGAUCCGAAAAGAAUAUGAAGAAUUUUGGGAAAGGUUCAAGAAUAAUCCAAUAGCAGGUCGGAACGAGAUCCUAGCUAGCCUGUGCCCGCAGGUCUUUGGUAUGUUUGUAGUUAAGCUGGCAGUAGCCAUGGUGUUGGCAGGAGGAGUACAGAGGACUGAUUCUGCUGGGACGAGAGUGAGAGGAGAGUCUCAUCUUCUUCUUGUUGGAGAUCCUGGUACAGGAAAAUCUCAGUUUUUGAAAUAUGCAGUAAAGAUAACUCCCAGAUCAGUUCUGACUGCUGGUAUUGGAUCAACUAGCGCAGGACUGACUGUGACUGCAGUGAAGGAUUCUGGCGAGUGGAACUUAGAGGCUGGCGCACUGGUCCUAGCAGAUGGUGGUCUGUGCUGCAUUGAUGAAUUCAACAGUAUAAAAGAGCACGACAGGACCAGUAUCCAUGAGGCCAUGGAACAGCAGACCAUAAGCGUGGCCAAAGCUGGGUUGGUAUGCAAACUAAACACAAGAACCACCAUAUUGGCUGCUACAAACCCCAAAGGAGCAUAUGACCCAGAGGAAUCUAUUUCUGUAAAUGUGGCACUUGCUAGUCCUCUUCUCAGUAGAUUUGAUCUGGUACUGGUAUUGCUGGACACAAAAAAUGAAGACUGGGACAGAAUCAUUUCCUCAUUUAUAUUGGAAAAUAAAGGAAGUCCUCGUAAAUCUGACAAGCUGUGGAGUAUGGACAAGAUGAAAACUUAUUUUUGCCUCAUAAAGAGCCUGCAGCCUAAGAUGUCUGAAGGAGCCAACAUGAUUUUGGUUCGUUACUACCAACUUCAGAGACAAAGUGAUAGCAGGAAUGCAGCACGUACUACUAUCCGCCUCCUAGAAAGCUUGAUACGCCUCGCAGAGGCCCAUGCUCGACUGAUGUACCGGGAUACUGUCACUGUUGAAGAUGCUGUCACAGUUGUGUCAGUAAUGGAGUCCUCUAUGCAGGGAGGUGCACUCCUUGGAGGGGUGAAUGCACUACACACAUCAUUCCCAGAAAAUCCACAGGAGCAGUACCAAAUGCAGUGUGAGCUCCUCUUGGAUAGGCUUGGUCUCCACAACAUUUUACAAGAAGAACUGCGAAGGUUGGAGUGGCAACAAAAUCAAGAGUCUGGGCAGUCUGAAAAUAAUGGCUCCAACAGUGCCGUGGAGGAUGGUAACAUACAACCUCAUAGUUCACAGCCAGGCAACUUGAUUGGGAAGGUUUUCUCUGAAACUGCCAAAAAUUUAACCAUUCAAAGUUCAACAAAGGCUACAACGGGUAGUGAUCAGAAAUGUAAUGUUUCUGAUCCAAACAUAAGCCUGGAAAGUAAUCACGAAGAAGGAGCUUCCAAAAAUCUCAGCAACGAACAGACAUUGAAUCUGUCAGAGACCCGAACCAGCACAUGUAGUGAUUCAAGUCUCGCAUGGUUUGACUGUAUCUCAUCCGAGCAGCAGACCUUAAAAAUGUCUCCUAUUCAUACAGAAAGUUACACAAGCAUAAAACGUCAGCCUGUCAUGCAGCCAGGAGUUGUGGAAAUCAGUGAUAGUGAUAAAGGUGUGGUUCCUGCAGAGGCAGAGAUAAGACUGCCAGAGAAGGGUUCCAGUCACACAAAAGUAAAUCAUUUGCCAAAUGAAGUCAUUACAGAACAUGUCUCAAAGAAAUGGCAAAAGUUGAAUAAAAAGUCACUGAAAAGUGCAUUAAGCUCAAAGGAAUGUGGAGAAAAUAGUGAUGUCCCAGAAACAGAUAAUUUUAUGGCCGCUAGACCUCUUCAUAGCACACCUGCACGUGGGAAGAAAAGAAGUCUUGUUCAGGUUGUUCCAGAAGAAGUGAGAUCUGAUACACAGGAUCCAGAGAUGCUUGCCAGAUUAGCCCAACUAGCCAAGUUCACAUUUAAACACAAAACAAAACUGACACAUUGUGCUGAAAAUAAAAGUGAAACAAUACAAGCAAAUCCUGUUGAGAAGGAAAGCAGGAGUGGAGGUGUUGAAGGCCAGCCAAAGUCAAACUCUGGUCCUGUCGGAAAACUACGACGCUUACUAGGGGCAUCAAUGUGUACAGAACAGACAGGUUGUGUUCCAAUAAUUCAGGCGGAAGUUAAAGAUUUGUCAAGUUCUACCAUCAUACAAGACAGUAUCCCAGAUGUAGCCAGUACCAUAACUCGUGUAAUACCUCCCCCCGUAUGUUCAGGUGAGGAAAACAAAUCGCUCUGCAAAAAGGUGUCCACUAGUACUCUUGCUAAGCUGGCCAAAUUUUCCUUCACAUCAGCUUCUGAAAACAGUGCUACUGAAGUACCUCCUGCGCCCAGCAAAGAUGCCCAAAAAUCUCCUGAGACAGAGAGUUCCAGAGGUAAAAGGAAAUGCUUCCAGCUGGAUCCACCCUUCAGUAAGACUACAGUAACAUCUAAAUCUCUCUUUUCUACCACGGACUGGGAUGAUGAAAUAUUGGAUUUUGAUGAAGUAAAGUGAUUAGUAUAAACUACUAAUGUCCUAAUCUUCUUUCUUUGGGAGAAUAUUAUAUGUUCUGUACUAGAUCUGUACAGCAGGUGGCAGCACUGGCUGCAUUCUACAAGAAGUCGGUACAUUUUAAUACAGAGCUGUCAUUAUUGUAGAGAACAAUGCACAAUAGUGAAGAAGUCCACCAAAUUGUGACCAGUUUGAUUUAACCGAGUAUCUGAAAGCUGCACUGAUGCCAUCACUGUAAUAAAC